AUGGGGUCUAGGCUGACUCCUCUUCUUACCACCAUUUUAGUGGUAUUUCUUGCUCUUGGCAUGCCUUCACAAACUGCAGCUGAUUACUACAAGUAUUCAUCUCCUCCUCCUCCUUACCAUUAUUCCUCACCACCACCUCCUAUGCAUUCACCCCCACCACCUUACCACUACUCCUCACUGCCACCUCCAGUGUAUUCAUUUCCACCACCUUUGCCAAUAUACAAGUCUCCGCCACCACCUUACCAUUAUUCCUCACCACCACCUCCAGUGCAUUCACCCCCACCACCACCAGUUUACAAGUCUCCCCCACCACCUUACCAGUAUUCCUCACCACCACCUCCUCCAGUUUACAAGUCCCCGCCACCACCUUACCAUUAUUCCUCACCACCACUUCCAGUGCAUUCACCUCCACCAUCACCGAUUUACAAGUCUCCACCACCACCUUACCAAUAUUCCUCACCACCACCUCCAGUGCAUUCACCUCCACCACCACCGAUUUACAAGUCACCUCCACCGCCUCUUCCAGUUUACAAGUCUCCGCCACCACCUUACCACUAUUCCUCACCACCACCUCCGGUGCAUUCACCUCCACCACCACCGGUUUACAAGUCUCCUCCACCACCUCCUCCAGUUUACAAGUCCCCGCCACCACCUUACCAUUAUUCCUCACCACCACCUCCAGUGCAUUCACCUCCACCACCACCUCCAGUUUACAAGUCCCCGCCACCACCUUACCAUUAUUCCUCACCACCAACUCCAGUGCAUUCACCACCACCACCAGUUUACAAGUCUCCGCCACCACCUUACCAUUAUUCCUCACCACCAUCUCCGGUCCAUUCACCUCCACCACCACCAGUUUACAAGUCACCUCCACCACCUCUUCCAAUUUACAAGUCCCCGCCACCACCUUACCACUAUUCCUCACCACCACCUCCAGUGCAUUCACCCCUACCACCACCAGUUUACAAGUCUCCGCCACCACCUUACCAUUAUUCCCCACCACCACCUCCAACGCAUUCACUCUCACCACCAGUUUACAAGUCACCGCCACCACGUUCUCCAGUAUACAAAUCACCUCCACCACCUCCUCUAGUUUACAAAUCUCCACCACCACCAAUUGAUAAAUACAAGUCUCCUCCAGUGUACAAGUCAUCUCCACCACCUGCUUAUAAGUCUCCACCUCCUUCAGUUUACAGUUCCCCACCACCACCAAUCUACAAGUCUCCACCUCCACCCUACCAUUACUACUACAAUUCUCCUCCUCCUCCUCCUCAUCACUACUAA